AUGCGAAACGCUAUCCUAGUAGUAGUUGUGCUUAUUGCAACUGCUACGUUUCAAACCACUCUCACUCCCCCUUUUGGGAAUUCUCACAAUGAUACCACUCCUGUUUUACCCAGCAUCACAUCUGUUUAUAAUGAUACUACUUCUCACAAUGAUACCACUCCUGUUUUUCCCAACAUCACAUUUGUUUAUAAUGGUACUACUUCAACCAAUUCAACUAGCACCAAAUUCAAGAAAACUACCCAAAACCAUAUUAUAAUGAUCAACUCAAUCGCAUUUGCUCUUGCAAUGGGAACGUGUACAAUACUUACACUUGAUGUACUCCAAUUUUUUCUCUUGCUACCUCUUCAUCUAUUUUUGGUAGACUAUCUAGCAUUGGCAUCUGGAAUAUACCCAAGUCCUUUUAUAAAUUUUGCAGUUCCGUUAUUAGUCAUAUUGCCUAUCUUGGUGAUGCUUCCCUGGACGAUCAUAAUAAGGAAAGCGGGAAUAAGCAGUGGUAUCUACCACGAAAUCAACCUUGAUGAGGCGAAAUUUCGCAUAUUUGCAUUGGCAUAUGGAAUAUUCGGAGGUCCUUUUACCGUGUUGGUAGUUGUGUCAUUAAUUGCGCUGUCUUACUUGGAGGACCACACUAAGGAAAGGGCAAAUAAGAGUCCACUGCACCUUGCUUUGGGUAAUGGACACACCAACACUGUGAGACGACUCGUCAAGCAUGAUCCGGAGCUCAUUCGCGUCCAAGGGAGGGAAGGGAUCACUCUUUUGCAUUACGCAGUGGAAAAAGAGGAAAUUGAUCUUUUGAUUUAUUUUCUUCUCAUAUGUCCGCUCUCAUUAUUUGACUUGACUGUUCGAGAUGAGACUGUUGUGCAUAUUGCUGUAAGAAAUAACAAUGUUAGAGCUUUUAUGGUGUUGUUUGGUUGGGCUAGGAGGACCGAUAAGAUGUCAGUGAUGCGAUGGAGAAACGAGGAAGGAAAUACCGUGAUGCAUCUUGCAGCAUUAACAAGCCAAACGGAGGUAUGUUCCUUCGACUGA